AUUUAAAUCGCGAGGUUUACAGCACUGGGAUACAAACAGGAAAUUAGAUCACUGCUGGGAUUGACGGGAAUCUUGACCAGCGUGCUCAGAAUCGCCCUGGUCAUAAAUUACUUAUCCUUAGUGCUUUAUUAUUAUAAAUUGACGAUCUCUGUUUCUUCCCAGCCCUCUUUCUCAUGGUAUGUUUAAUGCUACAAGAUAAAUGUGACAGUCGAACAUGAAAAUAUUCUCGCAUACCCUGUUUUGCACGCUCAUCCUGCACACCACGUGUGCGCCAAAAUCUGCCGAGAGUUGAAAUUUGCACAGUCUUUAAAUGCGACUCCCUCUGGAUUCAUAUGGAGUAGACUUGCAUGUUCAUCUGGAUGGUGCUAUUAGGCCAGAAACAUUAUUUGAGAUAUCGAAUGACCAAAAAUCCAAAGUCUUGUUUCAAAAUCUAGAAGAACUUAAGGGAAAGCUAAUGCCUAGAAAGCCUCACAGCCUGAAAGAUUUUCUGAAAGCUUUCGAGAUAAUCAUACCAUUAGUUGCCGGUAAAAAGGAGGUUUUGGCGCGUAUUUGUGAAGAGUUUGUUGAAGAUUGUGUAAAACGCGGUGGUUUAUGUUAUGUGGAAACAAGAUAUUGUCCAUUUCUAUUAACUGAUUCUAAAUGUACCGCAGAAGAGGUAUUAAAAACAAUUUUGGAUGCACUUAACAGAGCCAGCAAAAAGCACGGGAUAGAAGUUCGUUCUAUUUUAUCAAUUAUGAGACAUAUGCCUGAGACAGCUAAAGAAACAUUAGAAUUAGCUAAAAAUUAUCAACCACAUGGAGUUGUUGCAAUCGAUAUUGCAGGUGAUGAUUCAGUCUUGAAACUUCAACGCGUCCCAGAAGAAAUUGUUCAAACAUUUGAAAAUGCUAAAAAAGCUAAUAUUCAUCGUACUGUACAUGUUGGUGAAAACAGUCCAGCAAGUAGUGUCUAUGAGGCAGUGAAUAAUUUAUAUGCUGAACGUAUUGGCCAUGGAUAUCACAUCUUAGAUGAUGAAAAUGCAUAUAAGUCUCUACUUGAAACCGGUGUACACUUUGAACUGAAUUUGAUGUCAGGAAUGGGCGCUGUAUUCGGAUGGUUCAUAUAUAAUGGUUCUCAUCAAAAAUGCAUCAGAAUGCGAGCGGUAACUUGGAAUCCUAAAGGUAAUCGGAAAGGUUUAAUGCCGAAGCACACACAUAGUCGGGAAUUUGAAGCAGACAUCAAAAUUAUGGACAGCAACUGGAAGAUAUUGCUUGGGACGUGUGAAUGGAAAAUGCUGGUUUACGGUCUAUGCUCCUCUGUGAGAGGUUACAAGUAAAAUAAUCUAUAUUUUGUCCUCAGUAAGAAGAAAGAAAAAAAAAAGAAACAAGUGAAAAAGGUUAAUCAAAAUAUGAAUGUUCUUAUUGUUAUUGUCGGUGUAAAUCACAAAUAAUUUGAAUCUCUUCUAGUUCAAUGUUGUUUUAAAUGAACAUUAUUUUGUUGUGGUUGCUGUUUAUUUGACAUAUUCUUUAUUUUUUCUUCCAGUAAACUAACAUGAUAUAUCAUAUUCAUAUAGAUUAAAAGAAAAAUUU